AAAGAGAAGCUGGUCAGGUGUACUGAGUCUCAUUCACCCUGGUCAUGACCGCAGCUCAAUGCUGGUAGUUCUGCGAGCAGGGAGCAGAGUGAGUGAGGGGCAGUCACGGGACGCAGGAUGGUGAAGUGUUGGAAACAUUCUGACAACAGUUUGGAGGAAGCACAGUGCACGGUAAGCAGAACAGCAACUCCUGACUGAGCAGAGACAUGUUUGUUUGCUAUUUCCGAGGAGGAAACAUUUUUUUGCCUAUACAUGCAACUUCCAAGAAAGGCAGCAGCAGCAGCAGCCGCAUGAUAGGAUGAGACAACUCAGUUAACUGUUUAAAUCCUAUAACACUGGUUCUCUGAUGUUUGUGUUCAGGAUGGGGGGCUCGGCCGCAUCCCCCAAGUCCUACUUUCCACAAAAGGCAUUCUGGUUCAGCCUCUCUGCUUCUCUGCUCCUCAUCAUCACUGUCCUCAGUGUGAUGAUGCACCUCAGGGUGCCACAGCCUCGUCCUCAGAUUGUCCGAAUCACGGUUCCAGAUCAGACUGGAGUCCUCAUCAACCAAUCAGCUGUUGUGGACCAGAAGAAUCACCUGGUGACCUUUUCUGUGACCUCAGCAGCAAAUCAGACGUCGACUGUGCUCUUUGAUAUGAAACGUGGUUUGAUAUGUUACAAACCUGCAGAGCAUCAGAGCUGCUUCCUGCGUCAAAUGGAGAAGUCUGACUAUGACAACGUGAACUCCCUCCUCCACCAGUCAACGGACAAGAGCCAGCUAGAGCUGUCAGGGAACGACACCCAGAGGCAGAUGGAGUUCCUUGGAGUGCUGGCGACCAGUCAGGUGGACGUGUCCACGCUGGAGGAGCCUCUUCAAGCUCUGUGUCAGGACAGAUCCAUCCACUGGACCAGGAGGGCAGAGGGCCCGGGCAAACAGCGACUGGUCUACUUCUGCAUCGACAUCUGCUUUCCCAGCAACAUCUGCGUGUCUGUGUGCUUCUACUACCUGCCCGAGUGACUGUGUUAUUCUCCUCCCGGCCCUAAAGAUCAGGGAAACAAAGUUGUCUUUUUAUCUCCCUCCUCAAGAAAAAAAAAAAAACAGAAAGAAGAAACCGAACAAAAAGCAGCUUUGAGCGUUUCCUUUGUGCCAUACAGCCGCCAGUAAACCAGUGAAGCAGCCAACCCUCCCAGUCCAUUUCCGAGAGAGAAGAGAUGGGAGACAGGCUGUCACUGUUAUCACUAGAGCCUCAUCGUCACCCCCUUCAUGUCUAAUACCCUCUCUGGUGGCACACUGUGGAGAUUACAGGAGAAAGAUCCCCUUUUUUUUUUUUCUUUUUUGUAUUUCCUGUAACUCUCUGCUGCUGUGUAAUUAUGUGUAACUGUCCCUUUUGCAACAAGAGUGUUUUUCUGCUGCCCAAUAAAAGACUGUUGUGUAAAUCUUG